AAAGUGAUCACACCGAAAUCUAAGAGAGCUUUGAGAUUUUCAACUAAUCGCAGUCUUUUCAAAAUCGUACCUCUCGCGCGAACAGAACCAAAAUUGGGAGCGCUGCGAUUAUCAAUGCUCAUCUUUUGAAAGAAACGCGUUUAAAGCAACAGAUAUGAGAAAUUACACCAAAUGUAUUUUUGUUUACAAGAAAACGCGUUUAACAGACGGUUAAAUAGAAUCCCCAAGUUCCUUUAGGUCCUUGCGUAAUCUAGAGAUUCACGGAAGUUGAAGUUUAUCACGACCACGAUGCGUCAGACGUCACCGAUAAAAUGUAGCACAUCACUUAUCAGUCAACAAGUUUCGUUUUUUUUGGCCGAACGAUAUCUAGAAUAUUUCUCGCUUAUCGUGACACGGUUGUCCGUAUUAUCGUCUCGUUUACCACUGUACAUGAUGCUAUGCUCAAGGUGCGCACAACACGUCCGGAUUACGGUGACCCGGGUUGACCUGCAACCUUUGGACAUACAAGGCGAUGUACGCCGCAUAGAUUGCAUCGACGGUGGUCACUUCAUAAACGUAACAUUGAACGAUGAAGCAAUCGACGUUAACGAUACCUAUGACGAUCAAGCAGAGAAUGGAUGGCGAGAAGUCAAGACGGAUCGCGAUAAGGUGCUCUACUAUGUACUCAGUCAGAUCGUUUACCCGAAUGUGGACGCGCCUCAACCGGACAGAUUCGAGUCGCUAUACGCUCUAGCGGACAAGCUGGAUGUUGUGUCGCUCAGGUGGCAAGGAGGCAGGGCGGUUGGAUUUUAUACUGUCAAAUUUGCAGGUAUGGAAGUACCCUCGAUGAGAGAGAGGUAUGGGAUACCCGUGGUGGACACUGUAUAUGUGCGAUCGGAAUAUAGGAACCGAGGUUUCGGCACGGAGAUCUUGCACGAUGUGAUCGCGCGUUUCCCGAACGAGGACAUCGGCUUCUCCAAGCCGAUAUCUAACAGCAUGUUAAGAAUCCUAAAGAGAUUCUUGACGAGUCGGAGGGAGUAUCGUUUGCGUUUCUGGGAAGUAUCGGACUGCGUAGAUAUCGUCGGGUCGCAGCAACUGAUAUGGUGCCGUGUGAAGAACGCAGUUUUAUGACAGAAAAGUGUUUAGUAUUACAAUCACGAGAGACAGAAAAAGAGAAAGAUUGAAUAACAGGAUAUUUACAUAUAUUUUUAAUUGUAUAUAGUUAAUUUAUUUAUAUACGUACACAUGUGCCCGUAUGCAUACAUACGGAGGGGGGAUAUAUAUUUUUUCUCCCCGAUUAUAUUAUGAGUGUAGAAAUGUUAAAUGCGACGUGUUUGCGGAUUUACCUUCGCGUAAUGAAGAGCGAAAUAUUCGAACUUUUUCUCAUGUUGUAAGCGACACAAUACUAAUUCCACAAGUAGCACGCUUCA